AGCGCCCAGGGCCGGGCCUCUGACCCGCGCAGGCGCAGAAGCGCGCUCCCACCUCCGGUUUCAUGGAUUCCCAGUCCAGCUGCGUGGUGGUGACUGGUUUCGGGCCCUUCCGGCAGCACCUGGUGAAUUCCAGCUGGGAAGCAGUAAAGGAACUCUCCAAGCUGGGUCUGGGGGGUGACAUGGAGGUGGAGCUGAGGAUUCUUCAACUGCCAGUGGAUUACAGAGAGGUGAAGCAGAGGGUCACCAGAAUCUGGGAGGAUCUUCGACCGCAACUCGUUGUGCAUGUGGGCGUGGACCCCGCCGCCAAGGCCAUCUUUCUGGAACAGUGCGGCAAGAACUGGGGCUACGUGGAUGCCGACAUCUGGGGCUUCCACCCUGAGCGCGGCGUGUGCCUUCCGGAUGGCCCAGAAGUGAUCACUUCGGGAGUCAGCAUGAGGGCAGUCAGCAGGCGCGCGGUGGUCGAGGGCGUGGAGGUGGCCUUUUCCCGAGACGCAGGCAGGUAUGUCUGCGAUUACACCUACUACCUGUCUUUGCAUCAUGGAAAUGGGUGCGCGGCGCUCGUCCAUGUCCCUCCAUUAUCUCCUUCGCUUCCGGCUAGCCUGCUGGGAAAAGCCCUGCAAGUUAUCAUCCAGGAAAUGCUGCAGGAGACUGAGAAAGCCAGGUCUCGCCUGGUUCACAGGAAACUCAGCCUUUGCGAUUCCAGACAGGGGGAACCAACUGGGAGACUGCUCCUUUGGAGAAGGUUAAAUGUUUCAGUCCUGUAUGUAGAAUUCAACUGUGCUUUGAGAGGCUUUAACAAAUUUGCUUGUAAAACAGUUUACACAGAGGAAAAAAAGUUCUGAAUUAGCCCAAUGAAAUCACAAAGGGUUAUUUUAUGGUCAGAAGAAAGAACACUGAAAGGCAGACAUUUCACAAGGGCUUAACUAGCUUCAGUUAUGGUUUUCCGGACAAUAAAAUGAAAUGCUAGUAAUUUUUUUUCCUCUUAAAAGUCUAUGCAGCAGGCCUGUGUGAUCCUGCCCAGAUUUCUGGGACCCCAGACCUGUUCUGCGAGCCCCGUGUGGUGGGAUGACCUGUGACUGGCUGACCAUGGGAAAUGCAGGUGCAGCUGCUACUUGGGCGCCCCACUCUGGGCCUCCAAGCUUGUGCAUCCAGGUGCUGUGGGCAGCUUCUGAGCCACUGAGUCUUUAGUGUUUGGUUUUUCCUUUUUCCUUAUUAUUUUUUUUUUUUUGCGGUACGCGGGCCCCUCACCGCUGCGGCCCCUCCCGCUGCGGAGCACAGGCUCCGGACGCACAGGCCCAGCGGCCAUGGCUCACGGGCCCAGCCGCUCCGCGGCACACGGGA